AUGGCCUCCUCCGUGGUCGGGCCGGCAGAGCCCCCUGCUGUAGACCCAGCAGAUGUGGGCCGGCAGGAGAUCCGACCUGCUGUGGGUCCUUCCACCCGCAAAGCAGGUGGAAAUUCUGAGACGGCCGCGGCGCGGCCCCGGGAGCCGACCGGGCAACUCCGCCGGGGCAACACGGUGCGCGGCCUCCGCCCGCUGCCGGCAGGGAGCCCCAAAAGUCAGGAGAUGUACGUUUUUAACUUGACAUCACUCACUGAGUCUGAAAACAUCUUGUCAGCUUCAGUGUAUUAUUAUAUUGGUGAUCUGCUGCAUGCAAAGUGGAACUGUUCCCGAUCCAGAGGCUGUUCUCGUCACGGGCACAGGAAACCUGAAAUUCAGAUACAUCUUUCAGUUUGGACCUUUCCUUCUGUUGGGAACCAGUCUCGGAACCUGGGACAUUUCCUAAUAAAUGUCUCCACUGCUUACCAGGAUGUCCUUUCCUGGCAGUGGAAGGAUAUCACUCAGCUCCUGCAUGAAGCAAAACAAAACAAUGAACUCCUGAUCAGUGUCAAAAUGGAUCUGACCAGCCGUCAUCCUUGGAAAAGGGCACCUUCUCGCUAUGAACCCUACAUUCUCAUUUAUGCCAACGAUUCUGCUAUUUCAGAGCCAGAGAGCGUUGUCUCUAGUUUGCGAGGGCACCGUCAACCUCUGGCAAGGGUCUUUCCCAGGCCAGAGAACCACAUGAGGAGCGGCCUUGGGAAGCGGCGGCGAAAACGCUCCACAAAUGUCCUGUUGCCAUUGCAGAAUAAUGAGCUUCCAGGAGCCGAGUACCAGUACAGCGAGGAUGAGAGAUGGGAAGACAGAAAACCCUACAAAACCUUCCAGCCACGGUUAGCAGAGAGGGCAAAGAGUAAGAAGAAGCAGAGGAAGAAUCAUCACCAGAAGAGCCAGACUCUCCAGUUUGAUGAGCAGACACUGAAGAAGGCGAGGAGGAAGCAGUGGAAUGAGCCGAGGCAUUGUGCCCGCCGCUAUCUCAAGGUGGAUUUUGCAGAUAUUGGCUGGAGCGAGUGGAUUAUUUCCCCCAAAUCCUUCGAUGCCUAUUAUUGCUCAGGGGAGUGCCAGUUCCCAAUUCCAAAGGCCUUGAAGCCAUCCAACCACGCUACCAUCCAGAGCAUAGUGAGAGCUGUUGGUGUCGUCCCGGGCAUUCCUGAACCGUGCUGCGUUCCUGACAAAAUGUCUUCUCUUAGCAUCUUAUUCUUCGACGAAAAUAAAAACGUCGUUCUUAAGGUGUACCCCAACAUGACAGUGGAAUCCUGUGCAUGCAGAUAACAUCUUGGGAGACACUUUUGAAAUGCUGACAUGAUCACUUGCUAUUUGGGGGAAGCUGGGGAGGGUGUUUCGUCAUACCUACUUUUUGUUUGCACUGCCAAUGCAUUUCUUUUGGACAAAAAAUUUUAAAAAAGUAAACAAUUCCAAACAAAGAGGAUGGAAAUGGAAUGAAUUCUGAAUAGCAGUUCCAAGGAAAGAGAAUGUGAACUUCAUUUGUCUCUGAAUUUGACCAAGACAUGGGUCUUGGCAGCAGGGACGGACUGUUUCUGUUGAAAUCGAGAGAUGAAAGAGGAGUUUGCAGCAGACUCUUCAAGUUUUUUGAGACUGCCAGAAGGACAUACUGAUCUAUUUUUGUACAAGAUUUUGGAAGCAGCAGUAGCUGUUAAUUUUUGUCUCCGUUCUUGUGGUGACUGAUGGGGAGAAAGCUUAGAAAUAUACGAUUAUUCACUUAAAAGCUAGGCUUUCUCCCUUAGGUUAUGUCGAAUAGUGCAGCAAGGAAGAAAAACAAAUCUGACAUCCUAAGAGCCUUAGAUAAUCCAAUUUAGACAUAUAUCUCCUUGGUAUCACAUGGCACCAACUGCAUGUAUGUAUUCCUUUUCAUUGGCACAUUUUUUGUAACUCAGCUUUGUAGAUGUCCAUGCUCUCGGUCGGAAGAACACAAAACACAGUACUGCUGCAUACGUAAUUGUGGUAUCUCAAAAGCAAAGACUUUUCUUUCAUGCCACUGUGUAAACUCAGCAGGCCAAGGGUGUGAAAGGAUCACACUCAGUGAAGCGGCUGAGUGACUUGUUCACAACACAUAUUCUAGAACAUAGUUGCAGAUUAUUAAUCUAUGAGUGAAUCAUGGUAGUUGAUUCUUGAUGUGAAAUUAUUUGGUGCAUAAUUCUUAUCUGUAGGCCGUCACUACAAUCAUUUGUUCAAAACUGCCUCUGCUUGGUGAGUUUUGAUUGUUACAUUAAUCAGAUAAUAGAUUGUCUUUUCAUCUUAUCAGAGUUCACUUUUACUCUGAAAAUCAAAUUUGUUUUACUUUUGCUAUCAAUUUAAGAUUUCUUAAUAGCAGAUUUUGCACAAUAAAAACACAAAACGUUCUUUCAAUGACUUUAUCCACCAAAAAAAUCAUUUUAGAAACUACAAACAGGAGAGGAAACAUCUAAUGAAUCUCAGGCACAGCUGCAAAAAGUCCGUUCUGCUGUGGCGUAAAUGCUCCCAGGAGUGAGCGGUGUUUGGCACAAGCAGUGGCAGGAACCAACUUUUUCAGAGAGAAAUGCAGAGGCCAGAUGCACCCUGGCCCACUCCUUGGAUGGCAGCAGAGGUACCACAUCAGGAUAGGGUGUUGGCAGCCAACCUCCCCAAAUUUGCACUCCAGAACAGAGGUACUAAUUAAACAUCAACGUUUCCCAGCACAGCAGUCUGCGGCAGCUGUGCUCCAAGUCACUCUCUGGGACUGGAGCCAAGAUCAAGGCUACAGGUGAUGUGCUGCUGGUCCUCGUGCCGUGAUGAGACAGCCUGAAAGUCACCUUAAAAUCAUCACCUGAAAACAAGCAUGAAUAUGUUACACGUGGUUUUCACUGGGGUACAGCCAGACUCUGUCAUGAACCGUAUCGAAUAGAAUAGGUACGAUCUUCCAAGCAAAAUGUGAUCUGCAUCUAUGCUAAGAGCAUUCUCUUCACUUAACCAUAUGGAAGUGGGACAUUUUAUGCUCAAGCCUUAUUUUGCAUUUGUAUCUGUAAAUGAAGCUUUCAAUGUAAAGCCAUGUCUAGCAUCAGUAAUGUAUUAAUCACACAGGCAAUGCUUUCUGUAUAUACCUUUGUAUUAGCAGGGACCUCAAAUUAAUUUCCAGCUCGCAUUAUUAAUCAAGAUUUUAAUUUCAGUUCAGCACGGGGAUCUUUUCCCACCUAUUCUGUUUUUGGAAAUAGUAUUAAUUGAUAAGUGGCUCCGCUUCCUAUCUAAUUACGGAGUAUCUGAUGCCCACAUAUUAUUUUUAUGGCUGGCUCAGAAGGUGGGCAGGAGAGAAUAGCUCAAGCUACACAAGCUCUCUCUUCAGAGCGGCUCGUUUGGCAGCAAAGUCCCCAGAGAGGAGCAGACCAUGAGGAGGCCACUGCAGAAAACUCUUGAAAAUCCCAUUCUUGGAGGCUGCAGAGGCAAUCUCACGGUGAGUCUGCAAAAUAAGAUGUGCCUACCCUGCAGUGCGGCACCUUGAACCAGCAGAAUUGCCUGCUGGAACCACUGAUGCUGUUCCCCUGAGUGGGAUCACUAGGCGGCCUCUUUUUUUUCCUGUUUUCUGGGAAUUUGCAGGGAGCAGAGUGGCUUUGCCGAGGUUUCAAGCAGCCUUGGGAUUUCCAGUCCCUGUGCCCCGCCGCAAGACUGGCCAAAAUCUUUAUGUCCUUAUCGCUGAGGGCAUGCUCAGCGGUUCACAGGAGAUGGAUGAUUUGUUUAGCAACCCAUUUCUCCUUGUGAAAACAGCUUUUCUGAAUGAUUCCUCUUGAAAGGUUAAUCUUUGUACAGACGAUGUCAAGUUUAAAAAAAAUAAAAUUACUCCCACAAAAAGAAGAGUUAUUUUUUAUAUGGAAAGCAGCUUCUACAUAUGUUUUUAAUUUAUUUUAUAUCUGUGGCCAUCUUGUCUGUUUAACGUGUUCCUCUUUAUUGCAGCACUCUCUAAAUAAUACAAUUGUCUCUGUCCUUGCGAAGAUGACACGUGAGGGCCAAGGUCAAUUUCACAAGACAGGUGAUGGCCACACUGUGAAGGGCAUGUUUCACUACUGAUGUAUAAGCUUGCCUGAUUUGUACUUUUUUUCCCUUUAAUAAUGGGAAAGUUUCGCUAGAAACUCUGGGGAAGAUAUAAAAUAAAAUCACUUUUUACACAAACAA